AUGGAUAUGUUGACCUCACUUAACGAAAUUGUUGUGAGUGCGGACAAAGAGCACAAGGCUUUUGAAAAGCUUUCCAGUGCUCGCGGGACUGCCUGCCAGUCGACGGAGACGAGUCUCCAACAGUCCAUCUCCGAAGGAAGUCAGUCUAUCAAGACUGCGCAAGUCGAGCUGUCGAAGGCCAUGAGCGAGGUUGAGUCCAUCCAGGGAGAUGUGACUGAGCUGAAAUCUCAAGUCAAGACCGUUGAGGAUGAGGUUGCUGCUCUUCAGAAGCAACUUACUACUCUGCGAACGGAGCGUCAAGCGGCUGUUGCCCGCGACUCUGGCUACACUCGGGAAGUGAAGGCCAUCCUGAGCAAGGCCAAGCGAAGAAUAGAUCAGGUCUGGUCAAGGAGCGGUGCCCACAAGCUGGAAGAGGCCGCCGAGCUUCUGCAGGGAGACAGCAAGGACAGCGACCAGAGUGGAGAAACAGGCAGCGAGGCCAGUGAGUGCACGGCCGACCAUGACCCCUCACAAGACCUUCACCUUGUCAGUAGCUGUGCUCUUUGGUACUCAAUUCUCGUCGCCUGCGAUGGCUGCUGGAUCCGUCUCUGGGUUCCUUUGACGCGGACGACCAUGGCAGAGGAGGGAGAAGCCACGGUGAUGGGCAGCGCGCGGCCGCCGCUGCCGGGCUUCUCUGCCAAGACCGAGCGAUGGGUGAUGGAGCUAAUCUACGGCAGGCGCUGCGAAGCAGAGGACAAGUACCUCAAGGAGCGGCGCGAGAACGUCCCGGUCACGAAGGUACCGCUGAUGAAAGCGAAAGGCUUUAAAGCCGUCAGAAAUCAGACCUAUAUUGACAUCCGUCCGGCCACCCCAUCAGUGGCCAGCAACAUGAGCCGAAGGAGCAGGGCCUCCUUCACUGGUCGGAGCAUCUGCAGCCAGCCGAGACGAGACCUCAGCCGGCACGCGAGUGCCGGAGAUCUGAAAACCCUCCAAAGAGCUGAGCCCAUCCAGGAGGUUGAUGAGAGGAUCUGCGCGGAAGUCGCUGGCCAGCCCGAGCCGGACCGGCCGGACCUGGCGGAGAGAGAGCCCAAGAGCUUCGUCCUGCCGAAAUAUGCUUUGGCGAAGUACACGAUGAAGCACAUGUAUUUGGCCGAGUGCGGCACGCGCAGCACCAGCAUGAAGAACCUUCGAAGCGUCAUCAAGCCCGCGCACAACGUUCGCAGCGAUCUCCUUACGAUGCAGAUUGACAGUGAAGGUGACGUCCAGACGCUGCGCGACCUCCAUCCGAGGCACAAGACCCUCAUCAAGUCUCACAGGUCACCGAAGAAGGCCUGGGAUCCAAGCUCUUUGGCAGAGCUGCGAAGCGCCGACGAAGAUGCAUCCCAGGCUCCAGAGAAGACUGGGAGGAAGGAUGCGGCGGAAAGCAGUUCGAAGGCCCUCGACAAAGAUGCGGCAGAAGUGAACAAGGCUGCGCAGAUUGCGCGCGAGGCCCUGCAGAUCCCUGAGCUGCGUUUGAUGGAUCUGAUCAAGUCAAAGCGGAAGCUGCUUGAGCCUCUACAGGCUGGCCUUGCAGACCGACAGCCGGAGUUGGCAGAUCAGCUCAAGAAGAUCUCGGAGGCCAACCGUACGGUCGCCAUGUCCAAGAAAGGGGUGCAGCGAGAUACAGCAGUCUUGGAGAAGUCCAAGAAGAAAUGCGAGCUUCUCGCGGAGGCGAAGAAGUUUGAAUCCGACAAGCGUCCGGAAGUUCGGUCACAGGUGCUCAUGGCCUCUUCAUUCCUGAAGAGCCUGGCGAAGGCAUCGGGCUUCACACUGACACCGGGCGCAAAGGGUCCAAGUGCAGCCGUGAACUUCCUGCAGCUGGAUUCCGCCAGAGAUACUGCUAGCGAUGACCUGUCCGAGGCUGUGCGCAACGCUCUUCGCAACAUCGAGGCGUUGAGUGACAGCCACCGUGGUCUUUCGGAGGACCUCCAGAUGCAGGGGAGCGACGACGCAGUGUCGGCCAACCCGGAGAGCAAUCUCGUGCAGGUGAGCGCAGGGACGGAAGUUAGCCAGGCACAGUCCUCCAGGGAGACAGCAGACUCUCUCAAGAGCGUCAAAGAGAUGAUCUCCAACCUGAUCGCCUCCCUUCGCGAGGAGCAGAACCAGGAGAAAGAGAAGGGCAAGUUCUGUGCCGGCUGCCGAUCGCGCAUGUCGCCUGAACUUCGUCAGAAGCGUAUUUGCAAAGAGAUGGCUAUGACCUGCACCGCUCUGUCCCGCCGCCAUUUGUUAAUCAAGGGCUUUACAGUCAACCAAGCAGCGUCGGUGAUGCAGAAUUUGGGACAUGAUGGUGAUAUGAUGCUGCGGCUUUCGCCAUCCCUCUUUCUUGCUCCUGAGGGCCUCCCGCAGAUUCUAGAUUGGGAUUCGUAUUUCCCACAUGCCAUGGUCACGAACCAUCACAGCCUGCAUGAGUACCGAGCCAGCUUGCUUGAAGCAGGCGGUCUCAGAGGCUCCCUGGCUGAACCAGUUGAGGGCAAGUCCGGGUAUGAAGGUGUGUGGCCUCUGAUGCUCCGAUUGCUGGGAGCUCUGCCUUUCUUGCUUCUUCAGGAGGAUCCCGCCUACUUGGACUCCGGAUUUCUGCAGCCCCAGUGGUGGAUCCCGGAAGUCGAUGGGGCGCGGGUCGGUGACCACGAAUUUCUUCAGAUUCUCGGAGAAGGCACCCAUGGCCGUGUCUACAAGGUUGCUGAUCCGGUCGUGGGCGGCUUCAAUGCCGUGAAGGUGAUCAGGAAGAAGAGCAAGAAUACUGAUGAGCUGGCUGGAGUCAUGGCCGAGUGCAACACCCUUGGCUGGUUGAAUCAUCCCAACAUUGUACAGCUACGAGGAGCAGUCAAUGCAUACAAGAACUUCUAUGUGUUCAUGGACUUCGCUGGCAGCAUGUCGCUUCACAAGCUCCUUCAGAACAGGGACAAUCAAACCGGACUUGACCUGCCCAUCGCCCGGCAACUCUUCCAUCAGAUAGCGGAUGCAGUGGCAUAUUGUCAUUGCCAUGGCCUUGCUCACUGUGACCUCAAACCGCAGAACGUUGUGAUAUCGGAAGAUGGAACUCCAAAGAUCGUAGAUUUCGGUUUGGCAUUGAAGCUCGGUUGGCCAGUAGGCAAUCCCCGCGGCACUUGGCCCUUUACGGCACCAGAAGCCGCGUGGCCUUGUGGGAGGCCCUGGGAUCUGGCGAAGGCAGAUGUCUUCUCUCUGGGAGCAAUACUCAUUGAGAUGCUGUGUGGCACCGACAAGCUCUUCCGCAUGUUCGGCUGGAUGGCCCAGACGCCGCUGAAUCUGCUCCGCGUGCAAGAGAUGGUCAAUUUCCUUGCGACACCUGGAGCAGUCAUGAGCAGCAUGGCGACUGAUCUUGGCCUCGCAGCAUCCGAACCGGCUCCAAUGAUCACAGGAUUGAUGAACGUGGUCCCCAUGAAGCGAUGGAGCGCAAAAGCCGUGCAAGAGAUGGAAAUGUGGGGCAUCGGCAAGAAUGUAGCAGAAGAAGAAGAGCAAAAAGGGACUGCGGAUAAUCCCUUGCAGCAGUUCUUGGCUUGCGCGGUGCCAGUAAGUUUUAUCUCUUCAGAGGAAGUCCGGCGCUGGACUUCCGCUGAAUCGCUCUGGGCAGUGUCGAGGCUGCAGCGAAUUCCCAGCAACACAGUCAGAGUCUUGCAGCUUGAGUUUUUUUGCAAGGAUGCUGACUGGCGGAAAGAGAAAAUAGAGGAGCAGCAACAGAAAGCCCGCGAGGGCUUCAAGAAGCUCUCAGCGGCAACAGAGGACGCCGAGCAAGCGAAGCGCUGGGCGCAGAAUGCAGUGCUGGACUUGCAGGCGCAGUCUCACUUCCUCGAAGCGGACGUGAGCCGCCUCAAGCAGGCCAUGACCUCGGGCAAGACAGACCUCGACGCCGAAGUUGCUCGAAUCAAGGAGGAGGCUCAAAAUCACGCCUCCAGCAGAGACGUCAUCACCAAGAGCCGCGAUGUCCUCAAAAAGCAUUGCAAGCUCUCUGACGACAAGAGCUCUGGCAACUGUGCCGAAGCUGACUCUGCGCUCAACUUGGCCAAUCUCGGGCUGGAGAAGCUGGACAAGUUCCUUGCCACGUACAUCGUGGACUUUACCAAGCUCUCUGAGGAACAGAAGGCAGAUGCCGAGAAGACUCUGAAGCUGCAGCAAGAGAGCCUCUUCCAAGCGAACGCGGACUUGAACAGGCGGAAAGACGAGCUGGCAGAGCUUUCUUCGGUGCAAGCCUUGGGAAGUCUGCGUACUGUGCAAGACUUGCCGUGCUUCGCUACUGCCGAGGAUGUGGUGACAGCCAAGGAGAACAUGAGACUUGCGGGCAAGGCCGACGAUGCGCUCUCCACAUCUUGCGGCCCGAAGGCCUCAUCGAUGGAGGACACCAUCGCCCGACGGAAGGAGGAGAUCGAGCAGCUGAAGAAUGCCGUCAAGGUGCUGGAUGGCGAGGCGGGCUUAUGGAGCUCAGGAAAGACGAUGCUUUUGUUUGAGCUCUCGGUCCGCCAGCUCCUUCGACUCAUUCCCGUGACUUUGUUUCAUGCAGUGCAUCCAAAAGCGGCAGUGAAGCCUCUGAUCACGCGGGAGACUGCGGGAGCAUGCGACAUCUUCUACAACCUGAAGCCACUCUUUUGGGCUUUGAGCUACGGUGCUGAGGCGGAGGUUCUGAAAGCUCUGCUGGAUGCUCAUCCCGAAGCUGCAAAGGAGAAACAUCCCACCGAGGGCUGGACUCCACUACACUACGUGGACAAGCUGAGCCUGGAGUCUGUCCGACUGAUUCUGGCGACUUGUCCAGAAGCAGCACACGAACUUGACAGCGAGGGCUCGCUUCCAUUGCACUGGGCCGCAGAGCACAAUGCUCCCAAAGAGGUGCUGCAGCUGCUCCUAAAGGCCAACGGCAGCGCCGUAGAGCGCAGAGACGGUUUUGGACGCCUUCCCUCGCGCUUGGCGCAGAAUGCAGGAGCUUCCGAGGAAGUGCUGCAGCUCUUGCGGGCAGCUGCGCCGGCUGCCUUCGCGUCGGUGGCUCCCAAGGAUGUCGAGCCCGUUGGCUUACUAUUUCCCGGCCCAGGCUCAGAGUAUGUUGGUAUGCUGCGCGACGUGCAAGACGUGCCGGAGAUUCAGGCGAUGCUGUCCGAGGCGCAAAGACUUCUCGGCUUCGAUCUACUCCAGGUCUGCUUACAGGGGCCGGAGAGCAGCUUGAAGGAGGAUCCGACUCGCUCACAUCCCGCCCUGUUCGUGGGCGGGUUGGCCGGACAUCGCAAGCUCUUGGACGGGAAGCCGACAGCUGGCAACUUCCAGGCCACAGCCGGCCUUUCAGUCGGCGGAAUCACUGCACUCACAGCCGCAGGCGUGUUUUCCUUCAGCGAUGGCCUCUCUUUGGUGCUGGAGCGAGCCAAGGCAGUGCAGGAGGUGGCGAAGGUGCAGGACCAGGCAACUGUCUCGGUGACUGGACUCGACGAACCGAAGGUCCAGGACUUGUGCCGCAAAGCCGUGGAAGCUGCCGGCCCAGGGGAGGUCUGUCAAGUGAGCGGCUACUUGCACAAGCGCGGCUUCCUCGUGGGAGGUACGAAGCUGGCAAUGGAGGGCUUCCAGAAACUCGCCAAGUCUGCCAGAGCCAUGCAGGUUGCCCUCUGCAAGGCUCCAUCUUUAGCAAGCUUUUGGCAAGGGGCGUGUGCGGACUGCUGUCCAUUGUGUCAGAGUCUUGCGAGUCUUGAGCUCCCCAUGUCUUUCUCUUCAUUCACACGGCUUUCUACUGCCCGGGCGCGUGUUGCUGCCAUUUCUCCCCAGACAUGCCGAACUGAGCCCCGGGUUGCAAAGCAGCGAUCUCCAGCCAAGUGA